AUGGCUCAAGUUAUUUCUGGUUACAGAAGAGGCGAUUUAAGACGACAUCAUACCAGUAAUUUUACAUAUGUAAGCCCAUGUGUAAAAUAUCUCAUUUUUAUCCUCAACUUCAUAUUUUGGUUAUUUGGAGGUUUGCUGAUUGGUAUAGGCUUAUAUGCCUUUAUAGACAAGUGGCAGUUAACAGGAUGGGUACGACUCGAAAAUGUUUACGAUGUAAUAUUGAAUAUAUCAUUAGUUAUGGUCAUCAUGGGAGGCGUCGUCUUCUUCGUUAGCUUCUUCGGUUGUGUCGGGGCCCUCAGAGAGAACACUUGUUUGCUCAGAUUCUACUCACUAUGCCUGUUGAUAUUCUUCCUGCUAGAAAUGGCAAUUGCUAUAGUAGGAUUUGUCUUUCCGCAUUCCAUGCAGUCCAUUUUAGAAGAAAAUUUCACUGAUAAAAUUAUACAUACGUACCGUGACGAUCCAGAUCUUCAAAAUUUGAUUGAUAUCGCUCAACACGAGUUCCAUUGUUGUGGAUUGAGCUCAGAUGGAUACAUGGACUGGGGCAAAAACGAGUACUUCAAUUGCAGCUCUCCCAGCUCCGAACGCUGUGGGGUACCUUUCUCCUGUUGCAUCGACAAUAAGAAUUCCAGACUUAUAAACAUCAUGUGCGGAUAUGACGUCCAAAAGCUCUCCGUUGCGGAGGCCGGUAAGAAAGUGUGGACGUCCGGUUGCAUAGAAAUAGUUCGAUCAUGGGCUGAGAGAAAUCUCUACACUAUAGCCGGAAUAGCAUUGGGCGUAGCGCUGUCGCAGCUCUUUGUGAUAUAUUUGGCGAAAACUCUGGAAGGACAAAUCGAUUUGCAGAAGGCUGGAUGGGCUAGUUGA